AUGAAAGACACAAGAGAUGAGACAGCGAGCUCCACCGUAGGCCUUCAUGGACAAAAGCCGGCUGUUCAGGUAAUAUGUCUCGGCUCCGGGGGAGGACCUUCGGAAGAGAAUGUCACCGGAUUCCUCGUGCGCUCCAUCGGUAGCGAUUGGGCCAAGGGAUCAUUGCUUGCCGUCGACGCUGGCUCACAUCUGGCGCCCAUAACACGCAUGCUGGAACGAGACUUUCCAACGAUCAGUAGAGAUCGACGAAGACAAGAAUCAAAUGGCAACCUUGCUCCAGGAGUCAAUGCAAGCAGAACAUUACACCGACGGCCACUUUCACCUCAGACGGAUGGCGACGAGUCUCCCCAAUUGGAACCAAUUGUUCUUACUUCAGGACCGUUUGCAGGACUCAAGUUCCCAAAUGAGUCGGCUCGUGCAAAUGCACUUCAUGUGUUGCGAACUUACAUAUCCACCUAUUUGAUCACGCACCCUCAUUUGGACCAUAUUUCUGGGUUUGUCACCAAUACAGCAGCCUUCCAUGCCACAUCCCGACCGAAGACUCUAGCUGCGUUGCCGAGCACAGUCGAUGCGAUCAAACAACACAUCUUUAACGACGUAAUAUGGCCGAACCUGAGUGAUGAAGACGGUGGAGUUGGGUUCGUAACCUUUCAGCGUCUCAAGGAAGGCGGCGACGUGAUGGUUGGCGAAGGGGAAGGAAGAGGGUAUAUCGAAGUUUGUGAUGGACUUGCUGCCAGGGCAUUCAAGGUCUCUCAUGGAUGCUGCACCAAAAGUCCGCCAAGCCACCAACAUCGCGGGAGCACGACCAGUCUUGCGCUGUCCGACACGCAGCCACCUUACAGUAGCUCAGUUCUGGGUACAUCGCAAGAUGUGACGUCCUCCCACAUGUCCCGAUCACUAUCCAUCUCGCAGCUGCAGCUACAUUCCAACCCGGGGACGCCAGGGCUAGGCCCARGGUCAAACUUUCAUCCGAACCAUGCUUCGCCGCACGUGCAAUCCAACUCAGUUGAAGGUGGAUGUAUUGUUGAUAGUACUGCGUACUUUCUUCGCGACGAGAAUACCCAACGAGAGGUCUUGAUCUUCGGGGACGUUGAGCCCGACUCUUUGUCGUUGUGUCCGAGAACGUACAUUGUGUGGCAGGAAGCUGCGCGGAAAGUUUCAUACGACAUCCUCGGAGGUAUCUUCAUCGAGUGCAGCUACGAUGACAGUCAGGCAGAUGCGGUGCUUUUUGGGCACCUGAACCCGAAGCAUCUGAUCGCUGAGCUGCAAAAUCUUGCAAAUCUAGUCACCGAGGCCAGAGCAUCCCGACUGGCGGAGCAGGGAACGAAGAAACGGAAGCGUUCUGGACCCAAUGGUAUCGAAAACUUCGCCCGAAGUGCAGGGUCUGAGGGGAGCCAUAAGCGGAGCCGGAGCAUUGUACACCAAUCGACACUGUUUGAGAACACACGGAGACACAGCGCAUCGGACGACCACGGGGCCCCAGAUCUCACCUGUUCGGCCCCUUCAGGUGACCCUUCUACCGACCGUUACGAACUCCAUACAGCUAGCGACAGCAAUCACAGUCUAGAUGCCAUGUCGCCGCGGUCAGUGACCAUACCGCGCAGUAGCGGCAUUACCAGCAGCGCACCCACCGCCAGCAGCAACAGCAGCGACCUGCCACUCAGUGGUAUCACGGUAGUCAUCAUUCAUGUCAAGGACACACUAACGGACGGGCCGCAUGUAAGCGAGAGCAUCCUGAUGCAGUUGCAGGACCACGAGGCACGAUUACGGGAGCACGGCCAAGGAUUGGGGUGUGAGUUUGUAAUUGCCCAGAGCGGCGAGAGCUACUGGUUUUAA